AUGGCUGAUCACUCGCGGAGACAAGACACCAGCUGUCGCUUUGGUGGGACUUGGUAUAGAUGCAGCUCGGAUUUUGGCGGCUUUUCAGGUUGUUGCACGAUGGAUCCAUGCUCCCGUGCUGGCGGAUGCCCGAAAGAGAAGGACAUGACGCCAGGUCGCAAUACACUGGCAGCCACAAGAUCAGCUACUACAACGACCGCAUCAUCUCGGGUGUCUGAGGCAUCAUUUGUCAAACUUCCAAUACCAUCAACAUCAUACCCUAGGCCAACGACUGCGUCAUAUUUUGCGGCCGGUACUACUGACACUACUCUGGCUACAGCAUACGUUACUCUCGACCAUGUUCCAUCGGCCACCUCCUCUCACACGGCGGGUCCAACCUCCAACUCUCUGCCUAUUGCGGCUAUCUUCGGUGUAGCCAUCGGCGGCGUCGCCCUUAUCGGCCUUGCAGUCUUCUUGUUCAUGUGUCGUCGACGUAGAAAGCAGAAGAACAUUUACCAGGCACCAAUUUACGUUUCGCCUUUCAACACAAACAGCAAUAUGUACCAGAAGCGUGAUGGCACCUACAGAUCAAGUUUGCGGGGACCUUCUUUCGAUACACAAGAUCUUAGUACAAGAGAUUCUGGGGUUCAUACUGUGGCGGCCACUGCUCCGUCUCCGCAUCGUGCGGAACUGCCUGGUGAGUCAGGCUUGGGGACUCACUGA